UAUGCUUGUAUUAUUAAAUCAUCAAUUUGAAUCUCUUUUCAUAUAAAAAAAAAUGGUUAUCAAACCAAGUUAAUUUAACGUGCAUUUUCUUUUCUGAGUAAAUAACUUGCUAUCCAGCAAAAGGGCGAGUUACCAAAGUGCCCCAAACUCUCACUCUCUUAAUAUAUAUGCAUUUUGUGCUUGUGGGCUCCUUCAGGUUAUAUUGUUGCCUUUGUUGAUUCAUGCCUAUAGAACCACCUGUCGAGUUGGUAACGCAAGAAAGCGAGCUCGUGCUUGGUGCUGCUGAGAGCAGGACACAGUGAGAUUUUACUGGUUAACAUGGAUGUUCCAUCGCAGGUGGUUAAUUAUUAUGGCUUCUGUCUGGAGUCCAAAUUAUUCAACAAUGAUGGCCAGCUAAAAGGUGAAGGCUUCACUAUUCCUUGUCAGCACCCUAUUACCUACCAGCCAGGUUGCAAUGCAAGUAACUCCAUGACUGAAAAUGUUUCACCACAGUCGGUAUUGUUUCCCAAGAAGAUUUCUUUUCCGCAGAAUGAAUCGCAUGCAAAGAAACGCGAGUUCUUCGCCCAGAAAGGCGUACAAGCAGCCCCAUAUGAUCUGGCAGGGGAUAACAAGAGAAUGAAGUUGCAGGAACCAGUAAGGAGAAGCCAAAGGCUUAGUGAUAAAAUUACUGCCCUUCAAAAGCUGGUUUCCCCUUACGGCAAGACUGAUACCGCAUCUGUUCUUCAAGAAGCCUGUCUUUAUAUCAAAUUCGUUCAAGAACACAUUCAGAAUCUACUUCAGAUGCAGAGUAGCGCAUACAAAAACCUAAAUCCUCAGGGAACUCAACAGAGGCAAGGAAAUCUAAGAAGUGAAGGACUAUGUGUGGUUCCUGUGACUUUUACCCAGAAAAUAGCCCUCGAUAAGGACAUAAAUUUGGUGUCGUGAAUUCAGUAUGAUGUAUCAAAACGACGUGUCGGUUCACCAACCUUAUUCUGUGGGCUAAUUUCACGAUGAAUUAAUUGCUACCGAUCCUGCCAUAAUUAUUA